GAAAUUAUUGCAGUGUGUGGUUUGAGUAAAGUAGGAGUGGAAAGUGUAAGAAGAGGUCGGAGAGAAGUAAUUGGUUUUGUAGGGAGAAGUGUGAGGAGAGCUUGAGACAUCGCAAGGCCUAAGGCCGGGUGUCAACUAUUUUUUAAGGGAGUUUCCAAAUUUGAAACUAUGAAAGUGAUACGAAGUUUAAGCAGCCUUCAAAAGGGAUCAGAGAGUGCUUUUAUACCCAUCCACGUGACAGCAACAGGACCUCGGACCCGAAGCAGGGUCACUAUUUGGAAUCUUCCUGAAGAAAUUCUUAUAUUACUGCUGAAAGAACUUCAUAUUAAAGAAUUAUUAAAUAUGAGAGCUGUUCAUCCUUAUUUCCGAAAUCUCAUUGAUAACAGUUUGUCUAUAUGGUCUGUUGUUAAUUUCCAAGAUUCCUGGCCAUCAGCAAAUAAUAUCAAGCAUUUUGAGAAUGCUGCCAGUCAGUGUAACGUUGAAGCUUUGGUGAAAUUAGCUCUGGCGCAUCUUUAUAAUGAAGGAUUACCUGGUGAUAAAGAAAAUAAACAAAUAACACAUAAUGGCUUUGUUGCUGCUGAGAUGUUUUGUAAAGUGGAAAGGUUAUGUUCAGGUUCUGAUCCCUUCUGUUGGCUGUUCAUUCGCCCUCCAUGGUCUCUAAAUGGUGCAUGCUGCAAAGAAUGUGUUUUCACCUACCUCCGGAUCUAUUUACGUAAGGUGGUUGAUCCUAAAAUACAGAUCUGUGUUGUAAAGACUAUAAUGCUGCUGGGAGAAGAAGGAGGUCAACAGGAAACAAUGUCAUUGCUGGAAGAAGCGAAGGAACAAGGAUCUGCUGCAGCCUCUUUCAUGCUAUGGGAGAAGAAAUAUAUAAACAAUCAAAAUUUGGAGCCUUCUGAGGAACUAGAAAGCAUCAGAGAACUACGUGAUAUUGCCAGUAGUGGGAAUUUAAAUGCUCAACUCACCCUUUGCCAUUACUACGCUUCAUCAAAGUUUGGUGGUCUUCAUCAAACCCAAGCUGCUGCUUUCAUACGGGAUUUUGUGCACUCCUCAAAAUCUUCCUCAAUUCAAAAGAUAUUCCGAUGCAAUCAUGAACUUACACCAAAUAUGAGGUACAUCUUGGUUGAUUGGCUUGUGGAAGUUGCUGAAAUGAAAGAAUUGUCUAGUCAGACUUUGCAUGCCUCCAUUGCUUUGAUGGAUCGAUAUUUAAAAAUCCACCCAACUUCCAGAGGGAUCUUGCAGCUUCUUGGUGUGGUGUCAAUGUUAGUUUGUUCAAGAUAUUUAGGUAAAGAUAUAAUUACAAUUCGUGAAGCAGCUUGGUUAACUGAUAACACAUACAAAUAUGAAGAUGUUGUGAAAAUGAUGGGGGAAAUUGUAGCCACCUUAAAAGGCAGUAUCAGGAGACCAACAAGUCUUGACUUUGCAGCAAUAUUUUGUUUGUUAGAUGAGGUGGAUUCAGUCAGUCAUAAUUUGGUCAAUUACAUCUGUGAACUCUGUUUACUCCAUUCAGAGUUGGGUCAAUACUCAGCUGCAGAGAUGGCAGCAAGUGCUUUCAUUCUGUCUCGCAUCAUAUUAAAGUCUGAUCUCCUAUGGCCAGAAAAAAUGGUACUGUUUACUGGAGUUUGUCUUCGGGAUCUUAGUGCUUGUGUUAUACACAUACAUAGAAAGUGUUUUUUUGAGGGUGUUGUUAUUGACCAUCGGGAUGUUGUCUUGCAAGCUGUCAAACUACGAUAUAGUAAUGAAAAUUUUGAUAAAGUUAGUGAUAGAACGAUACCACACUAUGGCGAUGUUUGUUCUCGCCUUGGCAUGGCCAGCCAGCAGCAGAUCAGUGAUCCAAAUCAUCGGCGUAAAUGUAAGAACACUAAGGAUUUAAUAAUGUCACCAUCUCGGAAAAAAGCUAUCAAAAGAUCAAUCAGUGAGAAAGAUUUCUUUGGUGUUCCAACAACAUCCAAUGGUAACAACUCAACUCAAAUCCAGCUAUCUCCAUCUUUGCUCAAUGAAUCAGUAUUAUCCGGUUAUGAGGGGGACGAGGAAGAUUCUGUGAUAGACAAUGAUCUGGAACAUAAACCUAUGGAUGUCCCAUCCACUUGUUCCUGUGAUCCUGCUGACUGUGGUGUUGGUGGUAUGACAGCUGCUCCAGUCCGUUAUCAGGGUCGAUCUUAUAUUGUCUUUACAAGAUCGGCAACUUCUAGUUCUACCACUGCUGCAAGUUCUCAUGUGGAUUCACUACCAAAUGGAAGCUCCGACAAUAGCAAUGCACGCCAGGGGUCACCUUGUAGUCAGCCAGAUGGCUGUAAUCUCUGCCAUUUACUUGACAUCCGAUCUCAGGCAAGAACUGUUUAUGAUUCUGGGACCGAAGAGGACUCUGAUGUUGAAGACGACAAUGCCAAGUUCAAUCCUGCUUUUAUGCGGACAAGAUCUCGUGUGCGACCACACUGUGUUGUUGGCAGUAGCUUCAAAAGAAAGUGUAAAACUCAAAUUGGUAGUGCUUCAAAAACUUUUGUCAUUCCAUAGCUGACUGUUUUCAGGAAUGUUUCAUUGUUUAUGAUGGUGAUGAUCAUGAUUAUUGUAUGCAUGUGUGUAUAUAUAGACAAAUGUGUGUGUGUGAAUAUUUAUCUGAAGCAGUUUUAGAUAAAUACACAGCUGGUGAAUUUUGGCCUGAUUAAUAGGGGGACAUUAUUUUUUCUGUAUUAAGUGGCAAAAAAUAGCAUUUGCUGAGUCUGUAAAAUUGUGACUUAUUUUUGUGCUCAAGUAUAUUAGUGUUUGAUGUUAUCAACAAUGAUUUAUGUUGGAAGACUACAUUAUUAAAAAAAAAAAAAGAUGUGUAGGUCUUUGGUAAUGACAUUUUUCACUACAGCAAAGAUGAUAGAUAAAAUAUAAAAAAUUUAUUGGUGAUGGAAGCAGUACUGAUACCAAAAGGUCAUUUUUACCUCUAACUUAAUAUGGGUGACUUAUUAGAACACCAAAUACUGUAUUGUUAGCUUUGAGAGAUUCUCUCAUAUAGAAGCUUGGUGCAUAAGAGUACACACACACACAGAUCAUAGCAAAGGAAAUUUGUCUGUCAUGGGUGCUGGAAUUCCCAUAUCACAUUCUGAUUUAUUGGACCUUGUCAGUGGUAAGCACCGGUCACUGCAUGCCAGUCAAGUCUUGCUGCCAUUAUAUGUUUGCAUCUUUUAAUGUGUAUGCUUUUAUACACAAAGCACCUAUACAAGAGGAUUUCUUAAGGUUAGUGACACAGUAUUCAGUGUUCUAUCAAGACAUCCUUGUAAAAUUGGAUAGAAAGAUAUUAAUUUAUCACUUAUUUCCAAACUGAUGAGCAGCCAAGUAAGAAGUGGGCUUUCAACAGAUAGUUUACACCUAUUUGAUUCUUUGUGAUCUCCAUUUCACCUAAGUUGCAUUGUUGAUACAGUGUAAAUAAUCAAACUCUACAGCUGUGUAUUUAAAACUUGCUUGAAGGGAAGUUUUCAGUUUCUCUCUCUCUCAUGUAUAUAUAUAUAUAUAUAUAUUACGUAUUUAGAGAGAGAGAGAGAGAGAGAAUCAUGUUCAAAGACAUAACCACUCUCCUGCUCACACUUUCUUUCAUCACAUUAUUGCUCAAUAUAAAGUGGUGGGUUGUAAAUUUGAAAGUUGAAAUUUGUUCCAUGAAAUCUUUGUUUAAACUUUUUGUGGUUAGUGUCACAGAGCAAGAGAUCAAUAAACUGAGUCCAUAAGCUGGUUUCUAUUCUUUGCUGAGGUAAAUUCACCUCAACUAUACCUCUUGAGGAAGUUAUGAAUGCCAAAUUCUUUCAUUACUCAUCUCAUAAAUUUCAUUGUCUUGCAGUGAGAGGUCAAUUAUAAACUUUCAUUCUUUGAAACUUUGUCUGUCUUAGAAUUGCAGUAAUUUUUUACUCCAAAAUUGGAAAAUUUUGUUAAAGCAAUCUAUUAGAAUGUUUCAUAGUUUUAGGUUUAGUCUACUUAUGUAUGCAGUGGAUGGAUAAGCUUCAUAUUUCUUUAUAUUUCGGAAUGUGUGUGGGCAUGAGAGAUUGAAGCUAUAUAGAAGUUUGUAAAAAAAAAAUAAUUUUAUUUAUUACCUUCAGACUACGUGCUAGCUGUGUGAUGUUCUAUCCAUGCCGACUCUGGCAGAUAAUGUUUAAACUAGUCUCUUCAGAACAAUAUAACAUUCAAAUUGACAUUUCUCACUUGGUACCACAUUCUACAUUCUGUUGUUUUAUUAGCAUUCAAAAGUUGAGCUCAUUCCUAACAUUACAUAAUUUACCAUUUGAUAUGAAAUACAUGGAAGUUUUAUUUUUCAAGUACACCUUUUGGUUCCUGUUGUAAUAAAGACUAUCAACUUCUGAUUGAAAUUCUUUAAGUGGUCUGAGGAAAUUGAAAAAGGAUUACAAAAUGUAUUAUUUGUGGGUGUUUCAUCUGUAUUACAAUUUAAACAACAUUGCUACCUUCAAAUUGUCAUCAUAACGGAAGUGUGAUUUGGGGUGAUUGUCGUAUCUACUCAUUACCUAAGCAAUCAUGUGUUUAUAUUUGUGUAAACAAGUUCAAAUAUUAAAUUGUUGCCAAUAUCAUACUUCCCGAG